AUGAGCACUCAAUUCUCCUUUCCUCCUCACAAGCCGACAGCACCUCCGGCCGUAUAUGUAGUUCUUGGGGGACCGGUGAAUGGGCGGGGCAUCAAAGAUGAGAUGCCUCAAAUCCGGCCAGUCGACAUCAGGUACCCCUUUCCCCUCGUAGUCAGCUGCACCUCUCAGGAACAAGCAGAGCAGGUCUGCAUGUUGCAGACCUGCUUUGAUAUCGCGGGAGAGAUCAUCGGCCCAUCGAAGGACAUCUUGAAGCAUAUCUCGUUAGAACUCCUCAAGAGCGAGGGAAGGGAGGUGAUCAACGUUGACAGGGCGGCAUAUCCUAUCAUCAGAGGACGUUAUCCAAGCGUCGCUCUUCAUUGGGACUACUGCUUCGCGGAGACAAAGGCGAAGUAUGUCUCUCAGUAUACUCAGUGGCCGGCCUGGAUCAAGGUGCCAACAGUGCAGCAGGCCCUUAUAUACUACAUCACGAACGGCGGCGACGGCGCAGGCGUCAUCGGACAGUUGCAUCCCGCCGUUGCAAAGGUCCUCGCAACGCUCUUUGCACCACCACGUGUAACCGAUGUUGGAUUUGAUGCGGCGAGCUUGGUUGCAGGGCUCGAAGAUCUGAAUAUCCACGCCGACGCAACGGUCCCGGGCUCUGCGCCUCCAUCCACCCCUCGACCUGCACCUCCAUCCACCCCUCGACCACGUCCUACAGCAUCUCCAUCGGCAUCCUCAAGGCUGUACUCCCCUGCGUCCUCUCGUCCUCGCAACCGUCACACCGCCUCCGUUGAAGAAUCGUGGGCGCUCCACAGCAUUCCUAUCGUGCCGGAAGAUACAGACGUGCCUACUCUUGGGCCGCGUGGCGAUGCGUACCUGAUUAGCCGCGGCUGGGGAGUGUCAUCGCGCCUGCACAUUGCGCGGAUCUAUCCACUCUGUCAAUCGUGUGAGGACUUUGUCGGCCGCCUUGCAGAGUACGGGGCGCCCCCGGGGAUGAUGGAGAACCUCUGGCGGGAGAUUGUUGGUGAAGGCACUGUGUGA